AUGAAGAAGGAAGAGCAGCGAAUCGAUGCGGAGCAUCAGGCAGCUGCCGACUUGGUUGAAACGGCGCUCCGCACGGUGGGACCCAUGGCAGUGCGGGAACUCCUGCGAAAUGAGAUCGUGGAAGGACGACAUACGGCUCCAGCGGGAGAUGGAGCAGGCAGCCGAGCAGUCAAAGGCCUAGUGCAAGAGGCGCCGGUUGGGCAGGCGGCGCCAGAUGUGCAAGCCUCGCCGAAGAUCAAGAUCAAGGACGAAGGAGUUGGGCAAAUGGCGGUCGCGAAUGGACCGCUCGGGAUGCGCGAAGUGCGGUUAGAGGAUGUCCGCGCCCUGAAGCUGCACGAGCAGGACGAUUCUGUCAUCGGCCAGUUGGAUUCGCGGCUGCAGGAAUGGGGAUGGACACCGGCGUUGUGCGAGCCAGUGGAGCGAUAUCUCACUCUGUUUUGCCGGAGUGGGUUGUUCGAGGCCCAGAUGAUGUGGCUGGUGUGUGCAUUGCAGCACAUGACGAUUUUGGAAAUUCCCUUGACGGAAUUUGUGGACUGGAAGGACAAGAUACGCGAGCGCAUCUCGGACUGA